AACUCAAUCAUCACCAAUAAUCAAUAAUGCUCAAAGAGUUCAAAUUUAACUUAAAUCAAGCAUUAUCCUUAAUCAAAAUUAGGGAAGGAAAAUUGAAAAUGAGUUCAGAAACCAUUCCAAAACUUCCAAUAAUUGACUUCAAUAACCUCAAUUUGGAAGCCAAAAGUCCCAAUUGGGAGUCAGUGAAGUCCCAAGUCUACAAGGCACUAGAAGAAUAUGGUUGCUUUGAAGCAAUUUUGGAUAAAGUUCCUUUAGACCUUAGAAAAACCAUAUUUUCUUCACUAGAAGAACUCUUUGAUCUCCCUUUACAAACCAAACAACUCAAUGUGUCUAAGAAGCUUCAUCAUGGUUAUCUUAGCCAAUAUCCUAUGCUUCCACUUUAUGAGAGCAUUGGCAUUGAUGAUGCAAAUAUCUUUGAGAAUGUAGAAAGCUUAACCAACAUCUUGUGGCCAGAUGGAAACCAAAGUUUUAGCAAAACUGUGCAUACCUUUUCUGAGGAGCUAUUAGAGUUGGAUCAAAUUAUUAGGAAAAUGAUUUUGGAGAGCUUAGGUGUUGAGAAAUACUUGGAGGAGCACAUGAACUCAACCAGUUACCUUCUUCGGUUUAUGAAAUACAAAGGCCCUCAAACAAGUGACACAAAAGUAGGCCUUAAAGCACACACUGACAAGAACACUGUUACCAUAUUGUACCAAAAUCAAGUGGAGGGUUUAGAGGUGAUGAACAAAGAUGGAAAAUGGAUAAGCUACAAGCCUUCUCUAGACAGUUUUGUUGUUUUGGUUGGUGAAUCUCUCCAUGCAUGGUCCAACGGGAGGCUGCAUUCGCCGCUUCAUCGGGUAAUGAUGAGUGGGAAUGAAGCCAGAUAUUCAAUAGCAUUGGGCUCUAUCCCCAAAGAAGAAUGUAUUAUAAAAGCUCCAGAUGAGCUAGUGGAUGAUGAACACCCUUUGCUCUUUAAGCCUUAUGUUUAUGAUGAGUUUCUCAAGUAUUUUUUCUCUGAAAAAGGCCAAAGGGAUCAGUUUGCUAUGCGCACUUAUUGUGGUGUUUGAACUAGCUUAUGUUAUAUUAAGUGUACGUUUUCAUAUAGGGUGAGUUUGACAAAAUUACAAAUACUUAGAUAAUAUUGAAGUUCUAAAAUUUAGUUUUUACUAAAAUCACGAUGACGCACGGUGAUUCUAUUAAAAUUCACCGUCAAUUCAAAUAUACACUAAAAGGUGUGCCAUGGUAGUAAAUUUUCUUGUUUUUAGUGAUA